AAAUCCCCUUUGCUUUUUGCUUUGCAUUUUUCCUCUUCCAUGGUGAGAACGCAUAGCAGUGUCCUUGACUGAUCAAGAAGCACAUAACACAGUGCAGUUUUGAUAAGAACAGACGAAGGAGCUACUUGCUUUCUUCUGCAGCGAAGCAUGUAGAGACUUGGAGUUGCCACGUCUCAACGAAGAAAUUGAAAUUUUGUUUCUUUAUUCCAAGCAAACAACGGCGAUUGUCACUUGUACGAGCACUCAUCAGAAGAACAAGUUGCCUGGAUUAUCAGGAUGGAUUGGGUUCGGUACUGCGUUGCGGCGCUGAAGUUCGUCGUCAUCUCCUUUCUCCUGGAGUAUGGUGUAAGUCCCCUGAUGGCGCGAAUGCUGUACUCGAGUACCACUGGUCUGAAUGGAGAUGCACACGGGUCACAGGGCCAGCAGUGUUCGCCCAGCUCACAGAAGACCGCUUUCCGAGGUUACGCCAAGCACCUUCACGAUCUCUCCCAGUCUAGCCGCGCAGCAACUCACAACGCAGCCACACUGGACACCGCAGCCGCCGACCAACAUGCCACGCCGCGAAACGACGGCAAGCCCGCGCUGAGCAAUGGCGAGCGGCAAGCCGAGGUGGUGGCCGCCUUCAGGCACGCGUGGCACGGCUACCGCACGCACGCCUGGGGCAAGGACAUGCUGCGGCCAGUGUCGCGGGGCCAUGAGGAAUGGUUUGGCCUGGGCAUGACGAUCGUGGACUCGCUUGACACCAUGCAUCUGAUGGGCCUGGAGCAGGAGUUUGCCGAGGCGCGCCUCUGGGUCGAGCAGAACCUGGACGUGCGCAAGAACAUGGACGUGAACGUGUUCGAGACCACCAUUCGCAUUGUCGGCGGGCUGCUGGGCGCGUAUCACCUGUCGCUGGACUCACUCUUCAAAGAGAAAGCCAUCCAGCUAGCUGACUCGCUGAUCCCAGCCUUUGCCACAGGGUCCGGUAUCCCGCUGUCGGACAUCAACCUGUUCACUGGCAAUGCCUCGCCACCGAAAUGGGCGCCCGAGAGCUCCAUCGCCGAGGUUACCACGCUGCAGAUGGAGUUCCGCGAGAUCUCACGGCUAACCGGCGAUGCAAAGUACCAAGAUGCUGUCGAUAAAGCCAUGGAGCAUGUGCAGUCUCAAGAACGCCAUGAUGGUCUCGUGCAUCUCUUCAUUAACCCGUACAGCGGUGUCUUCAAAGAAGGCACGUUGACACUGGGAGCUCGUGCCGAUAGCUAUUACGAGUAUCUGCUCAAGCAAUGGCUGCAGUGCAAUCGAACUGAAGACAGGUUUGUAAAUUGGUAUCGUACAAGCGUGGCAGGGAUUGAGAAGCGUUUGAUGCGUCAUUCAUCUCCCUCGCAACUUCUCUUUGUCGGCGAGGAACUCAACAAUGGACAGUUCAGUCCCAAAAUGGAUCACCUGGUAUGUUUUCUCCCAGGACUUUUAGCCCUGGGCUCUGUGCACGGAGCGGACAAUGAGCAGUCUGGCAAUCACCUGGAGCUUGCCCGUCAGCUCAUGGUCACGUGCCAGCAGAUGUACGUCGUCAUGCCGACCGGCUUGAGCGCCGAGCUCGUCUACUUUGGACAGGGGGCGGAUGAGAGCGACAUCAUCGUCAAGGAGCGCGAUAGGCAUAACUUACUGCGCCCGGAGGCGGUCGAGUCAUUGUUCAUCCUGUAUCGCAUCACGGGAAAUGAAACUUAUCGUGACUGGGGAUGGGAGGUGUUCCAGGCGUUUGAAAAGCACUGCAAGGUGGAGGGUGGUGGUUAUACGUCCAUCGGUGACGUCAGCUCGGUGCACGACACCAAGCCGCAGGACCGCAUGGAGUCGUUCUUCCUGGCCGAGACUCUCAAGUAUCUCUACCUGCUGUUCAGCGAUGACCAGUCCCUGCUGCCGUUGGAUGAGUAUGUCUUCAACACAGAAGCACACCCGCUACCGAUCUGGCACACAACGGGCACCUAGAGAGCAAUGGAUGGCGUCGUGUAGUUCAGUCUCUGCUCUCAAGUAUCUCUACCUGCUGUUCAGCGACGACCAGUCCCUGCUACCGCUGGAUGAGUAUGUCUUCACACAGAAGCACACCCGCUACCGAUCUGGCAGACAACGGGCACCUAGGGAGCAAUGGAUGGCGUCGUGUAGUUCAUUUUCCAGUCGUCACGUUCUGCUGAUAUCAUCGUGGAGAGGGUCUUCGCUCGUUUGUGUUGCGUACAGUAGUGAAGCGGCGGAAUCGUAUCCCCCGUCGCCGGAACGUCAUCCUUCAGGUCAGGAACUAUCGGUGUGUUCAGUCGACCGUACCUAAGCAUCGCGUCCGUUCCUGUAGCGUUGUUGUAGCCAACACGACCUUUAAGGCAACUAUUACAGAGAGAGAGACAGACAGGCAGACAGAGACAGAGGCACAGAGACGGAGAGACGGAGACAGAAGGAAUAUCCCACUUUAGACCGUAGAUCACUGCGAGUGCUCUAAGCUUGCACAUUGAUUGUAAAUGCGGCGCAGGAGAAGAAGUAGAAACUAUCGUUGACAGUGACCUAUCCCAGAUGCCACUCUGUCUACAUGUACUUCAGCAUAUCAGAAGGCCGUGCGGCUGUGCGGCUGUGCGUAACAUGUCGCUGAGUGUAGACUGUAAACCGUCACGUAGCAGUCUUGGUCGUAACUUAGCCAUGGCUGGAAUGCCUUGAGGCGCACUCGCAAACCGGGCGAGCUUCUGUUUGCGACUUGGCUGUGUUUGUGACCCAGCCAGCCAAGGACAGCCCUGGCAACAGCAACAUCAGCAGGAGUAGCAGCGGCAGCAGCAGCAACACCAAUGACGAUACACAGUACCAACAUGUCAGUGGCAGUUACAGCAGCAACAAGAACAGUGAUAGCAAUAUCAACACCAGCAUACCAGCACCUGUGGCAGCAGCACCGUCAGCAAUAGCAGCAGCUGCAUCCACAGCAGUAACAACAGCAACACCACUUCUUGCACCAAUACUAGCAGCCACAGUGUACAUCAGUGUACAGUGUGAUGCCACGGCAUUGUUUGAGGCGGUAGCAGUCCGAUACCGUCUAUCACCUUUUCUGAUCUGCCAUUAUUGUCACCGCUGGCAUUUGUUUCAAGAUACUAAUGUACAACAUGGAUGCAGUACUAAGCGACGAUUCAAAAGUCGGGCACCAAACUCCUACAGCUUUCACGUCAGCUGCGUCUAAAUUCUCAUCAGGUGCCGUUCGAUCACACUUACAACUUCUACAGGUCAAGUCACAUGACUCGCCGGUGCCAUGUUAUGACAUCAUCACUGAUCCAUAGCAACCAUCAUUAAGCCCUGCACCUAACUGCUGCUGCUGCUGCUGCUGCUGCUGCUGCUGCUGCUGCUGCUGCUGCAGGUCUAGUCAUAUGUCAAGAGUUCAGCCUACCCGUGCACGACAUCAUGAAGGCCGAACGACGAUGUCAUCACUGACCGGUUUGCAACCCAUCGUCCCACCGACGCGCUCCCCAUGGCGACGUACGGACAUGAUGAAGUCGCCACUGAUCAGUAAUAAAGGUGGGUGCCUACCCCUGCAUGAUGUCAUCGAUGCCAAACGAUGAUGUCAUCCCUGACCAGUUGACAUGCUGCGCACGGGGGUGCAUGAACUUGAUGAACUCAUCCGUGCUAAGUUAGAAGGUGGAUGCCUGACCAUGUCAUGACCUUCGUCGAGUAGUGCUCAUGUUACCAGUUCUGACAGGCGCAGUUUCUCCAAUAACUGCGGCAGGGAGCAAUGUUGUGCUAAUUUCUUCUGCGAAAAGGAGAGCACACACAUUCUGAUUUCUUUUAUCUGGCUUUUAUACUAGUACUUUCAUGAACAUCCCUCCAGCUCUGAGUGAGAAUUCACUCUGCAUCUCUUUGAGCGUAUUAUUUCAACUGAUCUUUUAUCUCAGCCAUCACCCCCCCCCCCCCUCAAGCCUCAGCUUGGUUUCUACUCUAUAAGGUCUAAGUUUGAAGUUUGCACGAGAGUGGCUUUCGACUUGGACAUAGGGCCAGGGGUUUCUAGAAUGUUAGCAUCAAAACUCGUGUUUUUUACGGGCUGGAUUUUAAAACUUGAGCGUUGCGUAGAGCGCUCUUCCUCUACAGCCGUUCCGGCCUCCUUGAGAACUACUUGUUUUAGACAGAUUUUUUUUAGAACGUCUUUUCUACACCUGCCUAUUUUGCCUACGCAUGUGUCAUAUUUAUUUUAUUUAUAUCCUUCUUUAUCUGUUUCCAAGCCCUGCUUGACAUAAUUAUCUUGCCCACGCUUGUGUCAUAUUUAUAUCCUUCUUUAUCUGUUUCCAAGCCCUGCUUGACAUAUCUUUCUACGCUUGUGUCAUAAUUAUUUAUAUCCUUCUUUAUCUGUUUCCAAGCCCUGCUUGACAUAUCUUGCCUACGCUUGUGUCAUAUUUAUAUCCUUCUUUAACUGUUUCCAAGCCCUGCUUGACUGUAUCGACAGUCCCAUACUGA